AUGCGGUUUUUCGCUUCUGUUCUGACGGCUUCCGUCUGUGUUCUCUGGACUGAGGCAGCUACCCACGACGCCAUCUCCGGUCAGAAGAAAGCCGACUGUGAUCAUCCGGCGAAAUGUGAAGUCGGCGAGAACCUAACCUGUUUCCACAAUACACUGAGCUACAGUAGCACGAGCUUGGAACUGGUUGACGAUGUGGAGAACUUGCUGAGUGUUGACGAAAAACUGGAACAAUGGAAGACAGCCCUCAGUAGGAUACCCCGAUGCUGGAGACUGGUGCAGCCCUUGCUUUGUUCAUUGUAUAGACCCCCUUGCACGAACGGAUCGGUCCCGUUGCCCUCUUACAUACUGUGUGACCGAGCUCGCACCGCGUGCAGAAUCGCUGCCACCCGGGGGAUUCAAUGGCCACAUUUCCUCAGCUGCGAAAGGGAUAUCUUCAGGAAAGAAUGCAAGCACGACGUAAAAACUUUCCGCAUCCCGUCCAACGUCACUAGGGAAUGCAUGUCCCCUCUAGUGUACACGGCAAAUCAAGAAUCCUGGUAUCCCGAAAUCGACGAGUGCGGGAUAUCUUGUCGACAGCACCCGUUGCUCUCGACCGGCGAGCAGUCUUCCAUGCACGAAUUCGUCGUCUGGAUUACUGCGCUGUCCGCAACCUGCUGCCUCCUCAGUGUUGCGACCUAUCUCACCGAUUGGGAGUCUUCGAAAAAAUACCCAGCCGUGACCGGGUUCUACGUCAGUGUCUGCCUGUUGAUAGUCUGCGUUGGGUACUCGGCGCAGUUCUUCGUCGGAGCUGACGGCAUCCUGUGCAAGAAAGAUGGAACCAUCCGUCAGGGGGAGCCCAACGCUGAGGAAAACUUCGCGUGCUUGACAGUUUUCAUAGCGUGCUACUAUUUCCUCUUCGCUGCUUUAGCCUGGAUCGUGGUAAUGUGCUACGCCUGGAGCGAAUCCCUCUUGCGUUCCUCGUCUCGGGGAGGUAUCAGCGAAGGCCACACCACCCAUAUUAUCGCGUGGUCCAUUCCAUUCAUGCUCACCCUGACCGCGAUGGCGGUAUCGGAAGUUGAGGCCGAUUCCGUUUUGGGAAUCUGCUUCGUGAGUCAGAACUCCAUCUACGCUCGUCUAGGCUUCGUUUUGCUCCCGAGUUCCAUUGGCAUACUAUUCGCGUUCGCUCUGUUGGCCCGUCUCGAGUACAAGCUAAUGAAAUUGAAAAGCAAAUCCUACGACGAAAACACACAGCGCAGUGCCCUGGACGAUAAGACGCUCGAGAAUGUCGAGAAAGCCAUUCGCUGGCUCUGCAUAGUGUUGGUAUUCCUCUCUUUGCUGCUACUGGUGAACCUCUACUGCCACAUCUAUGAGUUCCGUCACGCUUCAGCAUGGAGACGAUCUCUUCGAGAACACCUUUCGUGCCGAGCGAACUUGCGUCACAACAGCGGCGAGCUCUUCAACAACGAAAUCGUCACCUGCGAACCCAAGAGCAAACCAAGCAUCGCGAUGCUGAAGAUACAUCUGAGCGUUUUUUUGUUCGCCUGCGUGGCAAACCUCCUCGCAACUCUGCACUUGGUCGCGACUGACGCAUGGACCACGCUUCGUAAGAAAAUCGGGGACCCCCCAGCCGUGACCUCGCGACAUUUGAAGAAAAAGAACCUUAUCGCCGACGCUUUCGAGAUUCUGCGUAGGGAGCAAGAGGCGGAAGAGGAGGAUGGAGCCCCGGACUCCGUAUCCCAGAGUUUCCAGCCGGGCUGGCCAGGCGUUCUUCAACCACUGAGAGUGGUUCCGUCGCCGGCCAUGAUCGCCCGGAGGUAUUCGUCCACGAGCGACGUGAGUCGACAAGCCGCAACCUGGGCACAGACCAUGGCUCGUAAGAGGAAAACGCGUAAGGAAAGAGAUCGUCAUCGAGUGGUCGAGAAAACGACCUCGACCGGUGACCUCGGGGGUCCAUACGGUGUCACCACCCCGCUCAUACCUCAGAUCGCGGCCGCCUUACCCAUGGUCAAUAAAUGUUUCACGAACAAGAAGAAUCUCAUAAAUCCACCUUUCACUCACGGGAUGUCGGGUGAAUCGCGGAACAACAAUCUCAGUCCUUUCCGCCCGAAAUUCCCGUCCAUAUCCCCUCGUUCGGUCUCGCAAUCGCCGUUGAAAGCCGUAUACGCUACGCCCUCAACACAAGCUCCGAUCGCCUAUAUUCCACCCAUGUUCCCGGUUCUCAACCCUUACACCGGAUAUCCAAUCAAUCCGUAUUCGCCGUUCUAUAUGCCGCCACCGCAUAUGAUGGCGACAGCGAUGUGCAACGAAUUUGUGCCUUUCCCAGACGUGGACAACAUCAAGUCUCCUCUGAUACCCUUGCGGGCCCAUGAGACCGGUAGCGAAGCUUCGUUCAAGAUGCCGCUGCCGUCCGACACUGAGUACGAUACUGAGGCUUACAGACCUCAAACAGCAAUACCGAGAGAUGCUCGACAACCGAGAUCUGGAAAGUUGUCAGUGAUGCCAAAAAAAACUAGUGGUUUCUUCAGCAGCUGAUCCAGAGACCAGCUCUCUUCCUGAGUGUACAAAAUCAUCCUUUGUGUUGUAUAUAUGAUGUACCUAAUAAAAGAGGGGACAAAUUCUCAAUCAU